UGUUUCAGUUAAGUGUUGGCACUGAACCGGGCAACAAUCUUCACUCCUCCGCUCGAAUCGAAUCGAAACUGAAACGCCGCGAUCUUCCGAUCUAUAACUAGAGCGAGCCGAGAGUAGUGUUCUAUCUAUCUAUCAGAGAUACAAAGAUAUAAAACCAUAUUUGAGCGUGGAAAACUCACAAGUUCUUGUUGUGUCCCAUGAUUGCCGUGUGAUCCAUUUGGAGUUAAUAGCACAAAUAUGAGCAGCAAUAUCGGCAUGCCCAUGCUAAUGAUGAUUAUGCCUCAUUUAUAGUGCGCUAAUUGAACGCGAAAUUGCUCGAUCAAAAAUCAAUAUACCCUAACCAUUCGCCAACAAGCAACAGCAGCAAACAACAACAACAGAAACAACAAUUUGAAGAAUCAAAAAUCGAAUACCAAGUUUAGUGUUCAGUGAGUUAGUGUGUGUCGUCGGAAAGAGCAAUAAUGGAUAUCAGCUAUAUCUUCGUGAUCUGCCUGAUGGCCCUGUGCAACGGCGGCAGCAGUCUGAGCCAAGUGGAGGGGAAACAGAAGUCCGGCCGGGGACGGGGCUCCAUGUGGUGGGGCAUUGCCAAGGUCGGCGAACCCAACAAUAUAACGCCUAUUAUGUACAUGGAUCCGGCCAUUCAUUCCACGUUGAGAAGGAAACAGCGCCGCCUGGUCAGGGAUAAUCCCGGUGUGCUGGGAGCCCUGGUAAAGGGUGCCAAUUUGGCCAUCAGCGAGUGCCAGCAUCAGUUCAGGAAUCGUCGCUGGAACUGCUCGACGAGAAACUUCUCCAGGGGCAAGAACCUAUUCGGCAAAAUCGUUGAUCGAGGCUGCCGAGAGACUAGCUUCAUCUACGCCAUCACCAGUGCAGCGGUGACCCACUCGAUUGCCAGGGCCUGCAGUGAAGGGACAAUCGAGUCCUGCACCUGUGACUAUAGCCACCAGUCGCGCUCCCCUCAAGCCAACCAUCAGGCUGGCAGUGUGGCCGGUGUGAGGGACUGGGAGUGGGGCGGCUGCUCGGACAACAUCGGUUUUGGGUUCAAGUUCUCCCGGGAGUUCGUCGAUACUGGAGAGAGGGGUCGCAAUCUGCGGGAGAAGAUGAAUCUGCACAACAACGAGGCGGGUCGAGCGCACGUCCAGGCGGAGAUGCGACAGGAGUGCAAAUGCCAUGGAAUGUCCGGCUCUUGUACAGUGAAGACCUGCUGGAUGCGAUUGGCCAACUUCCGUGUGAUUGGCGAUAAUCUCAAGGCUCGUUUCGACGGAGCCACCCGCGUCCAAGUCACCAACAGUCUUCGGGCCACCAAUGCCUUGGCUGGAGUUAGUCCAAAUGCCGCUGGUUCCAAUUCCGUGGGUUCCAAUGGACUGAUUAUCCCCCAGUCGGUGGUCUACGGCGAGGAGGAGGAGCGCAUGCUGAACGACCAUAUGCCGGAUAUCCUGCUGGAGAACAGUCAUCCGAUUAGCAAGAUUCACCACCCGAACAUGCCGUCGCCCAACAGCUUGCCCCAGGCUGGGCAGAGGGGCGGACGGAAUGGCCGUCGCCAAGGUCGCAAGCAUAAUAGAUAUCACUUCCAACUGAACCCCCACAAUCCCGAACACAAGCCGCCAGGCUCCAAGGAUCUGGUCUACCUGGAGCCCUCGCCCAGCUUCUGCGAGAAGAAUCUGAGACACGGCAUUCUGGGCACCCAUGGGCGCCAGUGCAACGAGACCUCGCUGGGCGUGGAUGGCUGUGGGCUGAUGUGCUGCGGGCGUGGCUAUAGGCGAGACGAGGUCGUGGUGGUGGAACGUUGUGCCUGCACCUUCCAUUGGUGCUGCGAGGUCAAGUGCAAGCUGUGUCGGACCAAGAAGGUCAUCUACACGUGUCUCUAAGGACACGGCUCGCCUCUCUUAAGCCCCAUCUCCCUUCAAUCUUUGUAUGUGUUAUGUAUUUUGUCUACGCUUAGCCUUUGUUAUUAGCACCUUAAGAGCCUAGACUAUAGCCUAGUUAAAGAUACGACUAACAGCCCGCCCAUCUAACGCCCCUCCACCCCAUCUAACUCUCACUUUUUUUUUAGCAGUAUUACACGAGGAAUAUUAACGAAUAGAUUUCAAGAGAGAGAAAGUGAGGAAAAGGAAUACAACGUGUGUGUUUGCCCAGUUUUUAGUCAUGUAAGCUAGCUCCCAAUCGAAGCAAAAUAUUUUGUAAAUUACAAAGC